AAGGGGGAGUUUUUUUUUUUUUUCUUGUCUCCCCGUUUCUCAAAAAAUGGCGGACACGUGUAGUCAAUUAUUGCUGGGAUCCGGCCUCACCGUGGCCUCCCACCCUUUGAUGUACAUUAAAGUCCUCAUUCAGGUGGGAUACGAGCCUCUGCCCCCCACCCUGGGCAGGGACUUGUUUGGCAGACCGGUCCAACAGCUGCCUGGUUUGUUUGCUUAUGCGAGACACAUAGUCAAGAUUGAUGGAAAAGCGGGUCUCUUCAGUGGACUCGGUCCACGACUCUGUGCCGGUGCUGUCGGCACAAUCGUGCACGGCAAAGUUGCACAGAAAUGCCAGGAAAAGGGCACACUUAAGGUCCUGGGGGUCCAGCAGAAGGCUGCGGAGGGCUCCCUGCAAUAUGUUGUCAAUGAGACAACUAAAGAGAUGAUUGCCCGCUCCUGUGCCACCAUCGUCACACAUCCGUUUCAUGUGAUUACUUUGAGAUGUAUGGUCCAGUUUAUUGGGAGGGAAACGAAAUACAGCGGGGUGUUUGAUUCCAUCGUCACAGUCUACAGAGAAGAUGGCAUUUUGGGCUUCUUUGCUGGUUUGAUCCCUCGGCUGCUGGGUGACAUCCUGUCUUUGUGGAUUUGUAAUCUUCUGGCUCAUGUCAUCAACGCAUACGUCAUCGAUGACUCAAUGAGUCACACGGGUGAAAUCAAGAACUGCUCUCAGGCGGUGACGGGGUUCUUUGCCAGCAUGCUCACAUACCCUUUCACUCUGGUGUCCAACCUCAUGGCUGUCAAUAACUGCGGGCUUGCUGGAGGUCUGCCUCCUUAUGCAUCUGUAUAUCCAACCUGGGUGGACUGCUGGAGGCAUCUAAGCAAAGCGGGCAACAUGAGCAGAGGCAACAGCGUAUUUUUCCGGAAGCUUCCAGCAGGAAGGAAAUACGCAUACGACCAGAAGAUAAUUUUUUAAACCCCCCCUACCCCCCUUCCAGGAGAACUGAGCUGAAUCUAAUUGUGAUAAUAAAACAAAACAAACAAAAAAUUAACAUCGCCUGAUCUGGGGGCUGAACAGUUUAACAUUUAUUUUUUAAUGCACUUGUUUACUGUCACUUUUUUGUUGUUGUUUUUUUCCUAACAGUCUGCCAUCAUCUGAAAUGAUUGAUUCCAGGUAAUUCCAGCAGUUAUCGAAGUGACACAAAYGAAAACUGCAGUGGAGGAUCAUGAAGUCUAGUUUUUGUUUGAAACCUUGUCUGAUGGGUUUACUGCUAUCUUUUGGUGUAGUGUUACUACAAACCAACAAGAACACACCUUCAACCAAUGUUUUUAUAUAGAUUAUCUACUAACUUAAUGAUGGGAUGUUUGCUGAAAAACAGCUCUUCAGUCUGCAUGUGGUAAUGUGUAAGAAUUUCUGUGAAUGAUAAGUGGUGGUGAUGUUAGUGCUGCUGCGCUCUCUGCUGGCUGGCUGGAGGUCAGGAGCUCUACCUGGGCAGCGACUGUUUGUUUCAACUUCUGAUUGACCCAAAAAAAUAAAAAAACACAACUUUGA